AUGGCCAACAAACUUUCUAUCUCGUUUGAUGACUACCUUCAAUUAGAAAAAUGUGUUUUUGAAUGGGGAGACAGCUACGAUGCAAAGGACUGGCAGCGCUUACGUGGAAUCAUCGCCCCCACCCUCAAGAUUGAUUACCGCAUUGUUAUGGAUGAACGAUGGUACUGGCCUGAGAUGCCCUCUGAAGAUUUCAUUGCCAUGGUCUCAUCUGAAGGGUUUCUGGGUGACCCUUGCAUCAAAACACAGCAUUUGUUGGGUGGCCAUUGGUGGGAACGCGUCUCAGAAACAGAAGUCAUUGGCCACCAUCAGCUACGGGCCGCCCAUUUACGAUACACCGAUGCUAGUCUGCAGGAGGUUGCCAAGCGUGGGCAUGGUCAUGCUACCAAUGAGCACUAUUACCGUCGAGUCGACGGAGUAUGGAAGUUUGCAGGUAUCCGGCCGUUUGUCCGAUGGAAUGAGUGGGAUUUUGAGCAGAUCUUCCGCGGGCUGGAAUUCCCCGAUCAACAACAGAAUGGCAGCGGAUCGACUAGGCCUAUUUUCAAGGCGUUGCCGAGGCGAGACUAAUUAGAGGAUGAUAUAUGUACGCAGAUUGAAAUCAAUCCCACGGCAGGUAUCAAUUAGACAAUACCUAUAUGGAGUGUGCCACUUACAUGUCAACUGGGAGAAACGUUAUAUGCUGCCCAAGAAAGAUGGAUAUCAAUUGACUAUGCAUGAUUCGCUCGGAAAUAAAUUGGCGCAUUACUUGUUUCAGUACUAGUAUAACUGAAUUCCCCGAUUUCGUGCGCUCUUUUUAUUGUCUGACGCUGUUCACUCAUUACUAUGUACGAGAAGAAGUUGAAAUAAAUGGAGCGUUCAAAAAUGGAUUGGCAAAAAAUGGUAAGGUGGAAGAUGGAACAAGUUCAGUUUGAUCAUGUUAGCGACAGUACAUUAUUGACAAGAACUGUCUUCUAAAUAGCUGACGAUCCCCGAAGACAGUUCA